AUGUUUUCUUGUGAAGAGACUUAUGGGAUCGGACCUCUGAUCCAGAUAUUCGGAGAUUCCAUAUCUUGGCUGAUCUCUGUUUAUAUUACUAGAAAAGAGUAUUUAAUAGCUGGCAAGACUUCUAUUUGGCUUAGAAUUUGAUGGGUCGCCAUGCUGCUUCAACAAUUUGCUUGUGUGUCAAUACUUAUUACCUAUGAUUCCAAUGUAUCAUAUUACCAAAAUACAAAGGUCGAGCAUAUUAUCUUGCUUUCAUUUUAUGGUUCUAUAUGUGUUUAUGGGUUUUUAAAGCCAGAAGAUUUAAAUAAUCAGCAAAAAGAACAAGUUGAAGGAUACUAUCAAGUUAUCAGCGACUCCUAUGUAGGAUCAGGAAAAACAAAGGAGCUGGAAGAGCAAGAUGUGUGGGAAAAAUUCAAUGAAACGUCAUAUUUUGAUGAAGAAGUAAAAAUACAAGAAAUAAAAAGACGGAAAAGUGUCAGAGAAAAAAUUCAAAAAGUUGUUGUGGAAGAUUAUGAAGUUGAUGAGAAUCAUGGAGACCCAAUUGUUUAUUAUAUUAUUAGGAUUUACAAAGGAAAAUCGUCAAAGAUAAUUGAACAGACUAGAAGAAGAUAUCGAGAGUUUUUAAGUCUCUAUAAAGAGCUUGAAACUCAGCAUCUAAAUUCUAAUUUCCCACCUUUUCCUGCACAAACGGCAAUAAAGUAACAAAUAUUCAGAGGCCUUAUAGAUAUAAAUAAAAUAAAAGAAAGGGUGUCAGCUUUCAAUAAUUUACUAGAGUUCAUCCUAAACAACUACUCAGAAUUUGAAAAUUUUAAAACAUUUUUGCAGCCUAAUGAAAAAUUAAAAUUCUAUGGAAAAAGAAAAAGCCAAAUUAUUAUUCCUUAUUCUGUAUCUCAAACCAAGCAAUUUGACUCUUCACCUGAACCAAUUGUUGAUGAAGAAUCUAUUAGGAGAGAAAGAAUUGGAAGCUUCAUAGCUGAAAAUAAGCAUACAGUCUAUAUUAACUCUACACAUCAAGAAGGACAGGGACAUAAAACUCACACUGUUUAUGAUAUUUGUGUAAAAUUAGGAUUUGAAGAAAUCUGAAGUCAUCAUAGAUUUAGUGAGUUUAAAGAAUUGAGGGAGAAGCUAAAGAAGCUGGAAAUCAACAUGCCUAGCAUUCCUUCUUCAGGGAUUGGGGUAUCUUCAGUUGACCCUAAAGUUGUAACAAAGCGAAUGACCAAAUUGACUGAAUUUUUACAAAAAAUUAUUGAUCAGAAUGAACUGAGAACUAAUCCAGAUGUUAUAAACUUUCUCAACUUAAAUCAGAUUGAACAUAUUUAA